AUGCCUGCUCCUCCUUCUACCCCCGCAACAGCCAACAGGUUAAACAGGAAGACGGACGGUGAUGAUGCGUCCACAUGGAGGUGGAAACACAAUAAGAAGAACUCCACCAUUUGUGUUGGACCGGAUGGGCGUACUGGUGAAGAUUACCUUGUUGACUGGAUGUCCGUGCCCAAGAGCUGGGCUGCCUACUCAGACUCCAACAAUAGAGCCAAGUUUGCCGCCAACGUGAUCUACAAAUGGCUUUCCGAGAAGAAAAUCAAAAACUUUGGAAAGGCUAAGGCCUCUGGAGUCCAGGACCGGAUUCAGAAAAUCAAGAAGGCGUUUGAUGAAGCUUUGGCCCUCCAGAAGGCCACUGGCAAAGGGGUCACGGAGGAUGACCUGGCAAGAGGCAUCAAGACGUGGGAGGCAAAGAUUGAAGAGAAUUGCCCUUUCUUUUUCACCCUCCUCCCUUCUCUGAAGGACAGAAACGCCAACAUAAUGGAGCAAAGCAGUGUCCAUCAGAUGGGCGACCGAGAAGUCUCAAUCACCCCUUCUAUGGCCCGCCAUGUGUCUUUGCGCUCCGACAUUGAGGAGCAACCUGUUGGAAUGGAGGCUGAGGACGUCGAGAAUGACGACGUCUUCAGCGUCAGGGCGACCAGAGCCAAUUCUCUGUCUACUGACAUUACCAGCAAUCACAGGGUUGCUGACGAGCCGACUUCUGGGGCAAGGGGUGCCGGCUCUCUCUCCAAUGGAUCAAGGGCACGGGCGUCCCUCAAUGCCCAAGACACCCCAAACUCUGGUAAGGGCAGGCGCGGCAACGCCAACAUGAACGAGCAACUUCAAGGUCUUUUUAAGGACCAUUCCACAACCAAUAUCAAGGGGCAUAAGGAGAUAGCGGAGCAGGAAGCCUAG